AUGGCCACUACACUCAAGGCACCCACCGGCGCUGCACCUUCUUUGUUGCAUUCUAAGCACGCAUCCACCCACAAGGAGGAGGUUGGCACCAAGCAUUUCCCCGACGAACUCGUCACCGGACACAUUUACGCCAAACAUCGUGAUGACGAUAGUACCAAAAUUGAUCUCCCCAGUUACAUCUCAGUUAUCGAGAAUAUUAUCACAACUGCUGAUCAAAUUAUUGAUACUGUUCAUCGGGGAAUCGACGGCCGCUUGGUACACUCCGAUGCAACUUUGGCAUUCAAUGUUGUGAUCGAGCCUCCGCUUUGUACCCUUCAUCGUAUCUCUAGCGAGUUGUCAUGCAAAGCUCCCGGGAUAGAAAAAGCACACGAGACGACACUAGAAAUCUUCGAAAUAUUGGCUAAUUAUCCAUGGGAAGCCAAGGCAGCUCUCACAUUGAUAGCCUUUGCAGCCGAUUAUGGAGACUUAUGGCAUCUCCAUCAUUACUCCCAUGCUGAUCCAUUGGCUAAAUCAUUGGCCAUUAUCAAGCGAGUAGCUACCUUGAAGAAGCACUUAGACUCACUUCGAUACCGACAAGUGCUUCUCAAUCCCAAGAGCCUUAUUCAAAGCUGUUUGCAAGCAAUCAAAUAUAUGGAUGAGAUACGAGAAUUCUCCAAAUAUGAUGUCAAGGAACUUUCUGAGUUACCCGCUGCUCUUCGUCAGAUCCCAUUGGUUACUUAUUGGGUUAUACACACUAUUGUCGCUUCUAGAAUUGAGCUCUCCAGCUAUCUGAGCGAAACCGAGAAUCAGCCACAGAGAUAUUUGAAUGAUUUGUCUGAAAAAAUGGCUAGGGUACUCGACGUACUCGAAAAGCAUCUCGAAAUAUUACGAGAACAACAUGAGGAGGUUGAUCUCUACCGGUGGCUGGUUGACCAUAUUGAGCAUUAUCGUACCGACAUUACAUUGGUUGUUCCAAAGCUUCUUAGCGGCAAAACAGAAACCAAGCCACUUAUUGAUGGCUCUACCCUAAGAGAGGUUGGUGUUUAUGAAAGUUUGUCGGGAAAGAACGUGAUAUUGGUCAUUUCUGGGUUGGAUAUCUCCGAAGAUGAUAUCAAAGCUAUUCAUAAUGUUUACGAUGAAUUGAAAAGUAGAGGCACUAAUUAUGAGAUAGUUUGGAUUCCAAUUAUCCUGGAGUCUAAUCAUGAAGAUGAUCACAAGAAAUAUGAGUAUCUGCGUUCUAGAAUGAAGUGGUACUCAAUCCAGUUUACUACAAAAAUAUCGGGCAUGAGAUACCUUGAGGAGAAGUGGCAACUUAGAGAAGAUCCAUUAGUUGUGGUACUCAGCCCACAGUCCGAAGUGGUGUUCAUGAAUGCAAUUCACCUAAUUCGAGUUUGGGGAACUGAAGCAAUCGAUUUUAAGGAAGAUAGAGCCAAGUUUUUAUUGAGAAAAAAUUGGCCCGAUUCAACUCUUGUCAAGUUCACUCACCAACCAAGAUUGCAAAGUUGGAUCAAGCAAGAGAAAAGCAUCUUAUUCUAUGGUGGCAAAGAACCAAUGUGGAUCCAACAAUUUGAAGAGAGGGUAGAAAUUUUGAAGAGUGAUCCGUUGAUAAGGGACGGUGGUUCGUUUGAGAUCGUACGCAUAGGAAAGAAUGCAAAAGGAGAGGAUGAUCCUGCACUCAUGGCUCGUUUUUGGAAAAUACAAUGGGGCUAUUUUAUAGUCAAAAGUCAGUUGAUUGGUUCAAGUGCGAGCGAGACAACCGAAGACAUUCUCAGGUUGAUUUCUUACCAAAAUGAAGAUGGUUGGGUUGUUCUUUCUGUAGGGUCUGCGCCUGUGUUAGUUGGCCGUGGGAUAUUGAUUUUGAAGUUGCUUGAGGAAUUCCCAAAAUGGAAGCAGAGUUUGCGCCUAAAGGCUUUCCCAGAUGCUUUUAGAGAUUACUUUAAUGAGCUGGCUCUCAAGAGUCACCAAUGUGAUCGAGUAAUUCUUCCAGGGUUUAGUGGAUAUAUUCCUAUGAUUGUUAAUUGUCCUGAGUGUCCUCGUUUCAUGGAGACUGGUAUUAGCUUCAAGUGCUGCCACGGAGGUGCUCAUAUGUGAAGAUGAUCGACUCGACCUGAUGCUAGAAGUCAUAUCCAUACCUUUUCUUAUAAUACACCAUUACUACUAUUACUAUGAAUGAUACCAUUUGGUCCUUCAUAUGGAUCUAUACAACUUUAUAUUAAAAUCGAGUCCAUUAGGUCUCGUUGUUGUCCUGAAUCAGCUUUUGUAUGAAUUAUAUUAUUUAAGAUAAA